UAGAGGGUGUGGCCAAGAGCGCACAAUGGGCCAUGGAGUUCCCGUUCGAUGUGGACGCCUUGUUCCCGGAGCCGAUUAUCAUACUGGAUCAACACCUCCGUGCUCCGGCCCGCCGAACCGGAACCACUACCUCGGCUCGUUUUGAUCUCCAACAGCAAAUCAUGACUGUUGUCGAUGAACUGGGAAAGGCCUCAGCCAAGGCACAACAUCUUCCUGGUCCCAUCACCAGUGCUUCAAGAAUGCAGAGUAACCGACAUGUUAUGUAUGUGCUGAAGGAUACCUCUGCCCGUCCGGCUGGAAAAGGAGCUAUAAUUGGCUUUCUCAAAGUUGGAUAUAAGAAACUCUUUGUUCUGGAUGAUCGAGGGGCCCAUAAUGAAGUAGAACCACUUUGCAUACUAGACUUUUACAUCCAUGAAUCACUGCAACGCCAUGGACAUGGACUGAAUCUUUUCCAAUAUAUGUUAGAGAAGGAACGAGUUGAACCACACCAACUAGCUAUUGACCGACCCUCAGAGAAAUUGCUGCGGUUCUUGAAUAAACACUACAACCUGGAAUCCACAGUGCCACAGGUGAACAAUUUUGUGAUCUUCGAAGGCUUUUUUGCCCACCAGCACCGGUCCCCUGCUUCCUCUCUGAGGGCGAUUCGCUGCUCUCGUGCUGCCUCGGUUGAUAACACACCUAAUGCUCCAGCCAGAAAGCUGCCCCCCAAGAAGGCAGAAGGAGAGAUUAAACCAUAUUCUUCUAGUGAUCGAGAAUUUCUGAAGGUGGCUGUAGAACCUCCAUGGCCCUUGAACAGAGCCCCCCGACGUGCUACACCUCCAACUCGACCACCCACCCGGUCCAGCAGCCUGGGCAAUUCUCCGGAUCGGGGUCCCCUCCGUCCCUUUCUGCCAGAACAAGAGUUGCUACGAUCUCUUCGUCUCUGCCCCCCCCACCCUACUGCCCGCCUGCUGCUUGCAACUGACUCUGGCGGCAGCCCAGCCCAACGUAGGCGUACCAGUUCCCUCACUCGCCCUGAAAAUAACAGAUAUUGAUGGUUAUACCUCCUCACUUAAGACCACCUGAUUUUAAAAGGAUCCAUAUUCCCAUUUCAUCUUCCAGGAUGCAGUGGAGCUCUAAUACUUAGGAUCAAGUGUCCUAACCCCUUGCCAGGUUAAUCCAGCAGCAGAAUAACAAAUAUCCUAUUCCCAUCCCCAUUUUAUUAUUCCAGGAGAGGUAACUCUUAUUCUCUAAUUGGGUUCUGAAUACUUCUAACCAAUACAUGGAAACUCUGCUAGAUUAACUAGCUAAUCCUUUGAAACCCAGGAUCCCUCCAGACUGUAGUAGAGUACAGGGGUUCUUAACCUUUUCUGUGUCAUGAAACCUUCUGGCAAUCUUGUGACACCUAAUGGACCCGUUCUCAGAAUAAUUUUUUAAUAUACAAAAAAACUGAAAAGAUAAUAAAAUACAAUUAUCAAGAUAGUUUUUAAAACUCACUCCACAGAUCCCAAAUCUGUACUUUAGAAUAACCAAUAGACCUAGCCCUCUUCUACCACAUAUUUGAAGGAUCAUUGUCCCAGAAACAGGUAUAUUUGGCCUAGUUUUCCUGUUUCCUGUGCAACAUUCCUUGGAGUUAGAUUUCCUUUUGGAUUAGUAGUAUUCCACUCCUUUGGCCUCCAGACUCUUCUCUUCCAUAAUUCUAUCCCAAGAAGAGUCAUACUCUCUUGGGGCCCAUUUUUUAGGUGACAAAUCCUUCUGAAAUUAACCUGAUUCCCAAAGGGAGCAUUCAGCCUUGCAAAGUUCCUAAAUCCCAAAAGACAGUGUGGAAAGAGCCAGUUGGAAUUAGGGCUCCUCCAUUAUCUCUUUAUUGGACCUGUUCUAAAACCUGGAUUAUUGCUAUGUUGUGAUUUCCACAGAGAAAUCGCCGCUACUACCACUUUAAUAGCAUCCUCUUAGAGGAUCUUUAAGUCUUAAGGUCACCUCUGCUUAUUACAUACAAAGAAAUAAACCUUGGUCUGAAGGAUCGACUGAAUCCUAGUAUCUCCUCUUCCAUUUCUCCCAUACAACUACUUAGAUGAUGGUGUAUGCUUAUUCUCUCAGAUUGUGUUGAGAUGAGUGUGUACCACUCUUUUCCUAACCUGUGCCCCCUCCUCAUCCAAUCCACUUAUCCUCUAGUUUUCCUUUCCUCCCUUUUACUGAGAUAGGAAUUUCCUCCCUUUGUUUCUAGGCUCUUAGAGUGUAAUCAUAUACCCUGGGAUGGUAUAUAGCCAUUCCCUUUUUCAUAUUCUGUGUGUGGUAGAUUACAUUGUGUCCCUAAUCCCUGGGGAGCAGGAUCCUCCCUUACCUCAAUGUUAUUUCAAAUAAAGUGUGUAUCCUUUUGUGUGUUU